UUGUGUGAUGCUGCAGAUAUGCACUGUGUAGAGAGAGAGAGACAUUCAACAGAAAGGCACCCUGGGUGCUGAGAGCCAGAGAGAAACAAGAGUCAGACCUUUGAAUUAUCACACCUGACUCACUCAACUGGUCACUAUGCUUCUUUGGAGGAUGGUCGUUGUUGGUAUUUUGUACGGCUACACCAAAACAAGCAUCACACACGGUCAGACUAAAGCCCUGUUUCCAGCUGUGACCAGAACAAAAAGAGGGGCUGCGAUUGUGAUGAGCCCAACUUUCGUCAACUCCUUCAGUGACGUUCAUCUUUUAUUUGAGAUCCUAUUGACUGGCAUACACUUUGAGGACAGUGGAGAGAUUUCAGUGAAAGAUGCUGAGCUGGCUUCGCUGCGCAAGACACAAAACCUGGAGAUCAUCUGUGAGGAGAUCAUUCCCAAAAGGCUAACAGAUAUUUUGAGGCUCAUCUCAGACCUUUCGACUCACACUGGUCACCUGCAUGAGGAGGAUUUUGAACGCAUCUUGCUGACCUUGGUAUACAUCACCCAGCAGAUGGUCAGCUCCACUACAGAACAACGAGAUGCUUGGGCAGAGUCUUUUGUAAGUUUGUACAAAGCCAUCAAACAGGACCUGACAAGUUGAAUGUUUGAAUGAGCUUUAUAAUUUAAAACAAAAAAAACAACAACAACAAAAAAACUGGCAGAAAUUGUUAACACAAAUAGGAAAAUUCAAACUUGACUGUAUAUACAUUAAACUACACAAUGGAUUCAUGUUGAAUGAGGCACUGAACAUCCCGGUAAUUACUUACAUUCACAUGUCUUUUCAGCGUUUGUUCACCUGUGUGUGAUCACAGGAGUGACUGACUAGAACCAAGAAAAUCUAAUAAUGCAGUUGUUAUUAUUAAUAUGCAGUUCUGAUACAAAAGGUCAUCUGCAAUUAACACUCCAAAAGGUCAUGUGAAGUACUUUGCACCACAUUGUUACAGUACAAUGUCUUCAAAAGAAGACAUGAGGUACGAACUGAGCUGGCUCUGAAGGGAGUCUUUUGGUAAAACAAAAAAAAUACCCAAAAUGGCAUGGAUACACGGCUCACAGAGCGACUCCUACAAUGAUCUGAGGCGGAUCUGUGUUUCCCAGUUGCUGCUUUGGCUCCAGUGAGUUAGUAUCCAGAGGGCCGGACACAUCAGAAGGGCAGAAUGGUAUGUACCGGAACCAGGAGGGCAAGUAAGAGUUGAUUCUGAAGGGAAAGUUGUAGACUUCUCCACUUUCCAGUGUGUUGCUGGAGUCGUCCUCGUGAGCCUUGUUCCAGGCGAGAAUGCCACGUUCAUGCUUAGAUCCUGUUGGACACGUGAUAAAUGUGUUCAGCCAUACAAGUACAGCUUACUCAACAUCACUGAUUUGGUUUUCAUAAAUACUGUAUGAUGGAAUGUAGUACACUGACAGUGUUUUCAAUAGUGUUAUGACAAUAAAGUUUACCAACCAUAGGAAAUGUUGUAUUGCUGUAUUUAAUAUUAUAAUAAAUAAAUGAUGUUGUUACAGACCAA